GCAGCGGGCUAGCGGGGCGGCGGGCCCGGGCCGGGCAGAGCCCAGCAGGUCGCGAGCGGGGGAAGCGGGCGACACCGCAGCCGCAGGGGCGGCGCUGGCAGGGGCUCGGUGCGGUCGCCGAGGGAAGCGUGCCUGCCUCGCCCGGGGGCGGGGGGGGCCCAGGCCUGGGUGCAGGGCAGGGACCGGGACCUCAGUUUCUGGGGAGCCCUUCAAGGGUGGGGUCCCCUUCCCCGAGGCUGAGCGGCACCCCUGCACCGGCCCCCUGUGCCCACCCAGAGACCAGCAGCGUUGGGGCGCACGGAGUUGGGUCCAGCGCGGCACCCCUCCUGUAACCGCCCCUUCCAGCAGCCCAAGGACGGGGGGAGGGGGUGGGCAGGGUGAGGCCGGUGGUUCAUGCCAAAGGUCACCUUCGGGGCGGGGUGGGGCAGGGCGGGGGCGAGUGGGAGGCACCCCGGUUUCCUUCAUCCAGGGCAGAUGAAAGGAGCUCACUUCCAGGUGCAGCCGAGUGCAGCACACAGCUGUGAUUUCAGGGCUCUGCCUGGCGGCGGCCGUGAUUUGAGGGCCCUGGGUUUCCUGGGUGACUGCUUCUGGGAGCCGUGGACGAACCAUGCCGGGUGUGCCUCUGCCCAGAGGCGUCGGGCCGUGGGGGGCCUGGCCCGGGGCGGCCCUGCUCACCGCCCUCUGGAUCCUGUGGCUGCUCCGGUGGGCCCCCGGGGGGGUCCCGGCACCGCAGCGCACUCUCACCAUCCUGAUCUGGCACUGGCCCUUUGCCAGCCGGCCCCCCGAGCUGCCCCGCAACACCUGCGCCAGCUACGGCGUGCCUCACUGCUGCCUGAGCACCAACCGCAGCCUGCUGCCCAGCGCCGACGCUGUGGUCUUCCACCACCGGGAGCUGCAGACCCGGCGGGCCCGCCUGCCCCUGCUGAGCGGCCCGCGCGGGCAGCCCUGGGUGUGGGCGUCCAUGGAGUCGCCCAGCCACACGCACGGCCUCGGCCAUCUCCGCGGCAUCUUCAACUGGGUGCUGAGCUACCGGCGCGACUCGGACAUCUUCGUGCCCUACGGCCGCCUGGAGCCCCGCCAGGGGCCCGCGCCCCCGCUGCCGGCCAAGAACGGGGUGGCCGCCUGGGUGGUCAGCAACUUCCAGGCGCGGCAGCAGCGCGUGCAGCUGUACCGGCAGCUGGCGCCCCACCUGCCGGUGGACGUGUUCGGCCGAGCCAGCCGGCGGCCGCUGUGCACCACCUGCCUGCUGCCCACCGUGGCCCGGUACCUCUUCUACCUGGCCUUCGAGAACUCGCAGCACCCGGACUACAUCACCGAGAAGUUCUGGCACAACGCGCUGGCGGCCGGCGCCGUGCCCGUGGUGCUGGGGCCCCCGAGGGCCACUUACGAGGCCUUCGCACCGGCUGACGCCUUCGUGCACGUGGAGGACUUCGCCUCGGCCCGGGAGCUGGCCGCCUUCCUCCUGGGCAUGAACGGCAGCCAGUACCGGCGCUACUUCGCCUGGCGCGACCAGCUGCGCGUGCGGCUCUUCGACGACUGGCGGGAGCGCUUCUGUGCCGUCUGCACCCACUACCCCCACCUGCCUCGCGACCAGGUCUACCAGGACCUCCAGGGCUGGUUCCAAGGCUGGCUGCAGGCCUGAGCUCCAGCGGGCACAGGGGGCAAGGGAGGACGGCUGGGGGCGGGCGGCGUGGGUGGGCAGCUGGGUGUUCAGGUCAAACCACUGGGC